UCCUCCUCUUGUACUUGUAGUGGUAUAGAAGAGGAAGCAGGCAGCAGUCAGUCCCCAGCAGUGAACAUGAACCGUCUGUGGCUUCCACUUGUAGCAUUUCAGUCUCUUGUAUUCGCUGUCACUGAAGGAUGCCGGGAUAACCAAUACAAAUCCUUUGCCAUCGGGGAGGACAUUUGCUGUAACUACUGUGGUGCAGGUGAAGAAAUAACAAAGGUGUGCACAAGGUAUAAUUCAACAUCAACAUGUAGCAAAUGUCCUAAAGGUCAAUUUAACCCCGCAAACUACAGAUCCAAAUGCAUGAGUUGCAAAAUCUGUGGCACUGGAAGCAUUGAAGAAAAACCAUGUACCAAAAGUUCAAAUGCCGUCUGUAUCUGUCCUGAAGGAAGCUCACCAAACAAUGUCAGAAAUACAGCCUGUACCUGUGACCGCGGGAAAGAGAUAGUAAAUAAAAAAUGCCAGCCUUGUGCCAAUGGACAUUUUUCAUCUGAAGAAAACAGCAAAUGCCGCCCAUGGACCAAUUGCAGCGCUUUAGGCCUGACAGUGCUUGUGCCAGGAUCGGCCACGAACAAUGUACAAUGUUCCAAGCAGAAGAGCACAACAGUUUGGGUUCUACCUACAUCUGUCACCGUAAUUCCUCCACAUACACAAAGAAUGCCUGGGGAUGCUGAGACAUCUACUGCGGAGAGCUCUAUCACUUCCACCAAACACUCCACAAUAUCCAACACCAUGGGGGCCCUGAACUGGGAUACUGUCACUUUAAUUCUCAUCACUGUUACCCUGCUGAUGGCGAUGGCUGGAAUUCUACUGGCAGUGAUAAUACAGACAAAAAAGAGGAAAGUAAACAGAGGGUUCAUCCGAAGCAAGAAAUGCAAAGUACCAGUACAGGAAGAAAGCACGGAUUCUGAAUCUAGUCUUACCAAGAACAAUCCUGUGUGAGGAACGGUCUGAAACUCCACGCAGCCUUACAAGCUGCUUUUAUUCACUGGUAUCCAUUGACAUACAUUGACCCAGAGUCCCCCCCGGAGCAUGGAGAGAGCUAUCCGUGAACCUCCUGCUUAUUGAAAGAAUAUUUUUAUUCCCUUACCAUUUCAUGACAAAACUUUUCCGUUUAAUCAUCCUGGAUGAACAAAAACUGUAAUACACGAGUGACAACCUUACAGGUCAAUUGUCCUUGCCUUCCAAGUGCAGCUGUUGAGUUUUCAAAUGUCCCUGGAAGUAGUCGUACCCAUAGAUCUACCUGGUUUUCCAACACUCAUACUUUACAUUAAAAUGCCUUUUUUGCUACAUAAAAUAAUGUGAAACGUAUAUCUAAAACACGGUUUUCCCAGAGCUCAGCCAUGUUAGCCAGCAAAAGAAGCCUAUUCGAAGCCUGCUUCAAAUAGUUCAGUAUACAUAGCAGUCAUGGCUUGUUACAUUUACAUAUUGGUGGAAAAGUCACACCCCCUACAUCAAGGUGGCUGCCGUCUGUGUUAACCACAGUCUAUUGUUUACCAUCAGAACCAGCACCAACGGGAAAUGGAGUAGUUAGAGAGUAGCAGUUAGAGAUAUUCAGUGGCGAAAAUAAUUAUUUGAUCCUCUGCAGAUUUUGUACGUUUUCCCACUUACAAAGAAAUUA